CCUGAUCAGGCGGGAGAAAUAGACAACCCCACGCCGCACAGCUAUUAAGGACCUCCGCGUCAUUAGGUGCCGCCGAAAGGCUGAGAAAUGGAGCUGUUAGGGGGCUGCUACGAACAGGUACUCUUCGGGUUCGCGAUACAGCCGGGUGAGGUAAGAUCUGUAUUUAAAAAAAAAAAAAAAAAACCAAACGAAAGCGGGGGGCGGGGUUGGAAAGAGCAAAAAGUGGCGCGCUGUGCACUUACAGCGCGAGGGCCGCAUGCGCGACGCACGCCACGCGAGAUGCGACGCGCACGAGGGUCACGGGGGAGCUUCGCUGGCUCGCCUCGUCUUGCUCAAAGGCUUCCUUCCCAGAAGCCUUCGCGGCAUUAGCCACGCGCAGCUCCCUCGUGGGUUCGAAUGUUGCCGAGAGGUGGUGGCGAGGAAAGGGCGACUUCCUACCGCCCGUGGGAGGAACCACGAGGGUCAUCUAGUCCAACCCCCUUGCAGUGCAGGAAUACUUUUGCCCGACGUGGGAUUCGAACCCACGACCCUGAGUGCUCUACCGGCUGAGCUAUCAAAUCCUCCAACAUUUAGGGACGUCCUAUUCUGGUGGUGUUGUUGUUUAUGCCCCGCCCAUCUGACUGGGCUGCCCCAGCCAUUCUGGGUGGCUUCCAACAUCUAUAGGAACAAAAUAAAAUACUAAAUAUUUAAAUACUUACCUCUACAGCCUUCAGAUGGCUCCGGGGUCUUGAUAACUCCAUACCAUCCAACAUUUCUCCAAUGAAAACAGAGACGUCCUGAGGAAAAGCAGGACAUUCCAGGAUCAAAUCAGAAUCCAGGAUGAUUUCUGUAAAUCCAGGACUCUCCCUUCAAAAAUAGGGACACUUGGAGGGUCAGUUAUUCCCCACUUUCCUCCAACUAAAUGAGAUCAAGGCGGCAUCCCCAUUUAUCCUCACAUCAAGUCUGUGAGGUAGAGAUUAUGACAAAUUUCGAUUGCAACAAAUUUUGCAGACAUUUCCUUGAUUGAACAUGGAAUGUUUUGUGUGCUCUGUGCACAUUCUGGUCUUGAUCCCAACACAGUUCAUCCUAGCUAAGUCCCUUUUAGAACUAUGACAGUUCGCCACUCCUAUAAUUCCAUUGCUUUCAUGGAACUUGUUGAUGAAUAGGAUUAGCUGCAUCAGGCCCUCUGAAGAUUAGUUCCCUUUUUCUGUUUUAAAAAUUGGGAUAUCAUUAGCAAAUAACAAUUGUUCUUUUAUGUUUCAUCUUCAGAACUGGUCAGCUCUUCCUGAUUUCACCCACCAUGCUCACACUGCUUCACUGUCCGCAGUAGCUGUGAAUGACAGAUAUGUAGUCACUGGCAGCAAGGAUGAAACCAUACAAAUCUACGACAUGAAAAAGAAAGUAGAACAUGGGGCACUAAUGCAACACGAUGGUAAGGGGCUUAUCAUUCUUGUAUUAGUUGCAGGGAUUGGGUUUGAGAUAUGUUAGUGGGAGUUGGUUCUGAGCAUGACUUAAGUACAGAAAUAUUUGAAGAAGCUUACAAAUAUUUGCCCUGAUCCAGAGGCUACUUGCAUGAAAGGUUGCAAGCAUAAAGGCUUCCUGAUUCACUUCUGUAGUAUUAAUAAAAAGGGAAGCCAGCUCCAGCAGGUGCCCCAUGUGCAUGUUGAAGUGCCUGUGGGAUUCUGGAUCAAGGGCACAGCCUUUAAUCCAGCACAUGGUAAAAUGCACAUGCCAACCUUAUUUCAAGGGUUUGUUUCCAAUUCUAAGCAGCAUACACGGAAAUAAUUUUCAUGGAUUUCAGUGGACUCUAAUUCAAAGUGGUACUGAGAACUGCAGGGCUCCUAUACAGCAAAUGAUAGCCAUAAGCUUCCAAACAUAGUUUAGCAUGUGCAGUUUUGCAGGGCAUAUCUAAAUCUGCUAUGCUUCAAAAUUAUCAUUUUGAAAUGUAGAAGACAUGUUUUAGUUCAAGAUACAUUAAAUGUAACUGAUUUGCAUGGGUUUUCAGGCACUGUAACCUGCUUGGAAUUCUAUGGAAGUUCACAUCUAUUGAGUGGAGCUGAGGAUGGUUUAAUAUGCAUUUGGAACACAAAAAGAUGGGAGUGCUUAAAGUCCAUUAAGGCACACAAGUAAGUAUUGUUUUCUUCUUCUUCUUUUAAAAAAAGUGUAUGGCUUAAUUUCAGAGUUGCACAAGAAGCUUUCUUAUGCUCUCUUCCCCUGCAACCAUUCCAAAACAACUUUUCCAGAGAAUCCAAAAUGGCAUGGUACAGAAGGCUAUGGUGGGUGGUGGAAAUUGGAUAGGAAUACCUUGCAGAAACUACAUCCCAUGCUGUUCUGGAGGGUUUCUUGAAGCUGUUUACAAGCCUAUAUAUUUAUCACACGUGUGCGGUAAGCAGAGAAUGCAGCAUAAAACAGUUGUAAAAUAUCGUUAUGAAACAAUUGUUAUCAGAAAAAAAGUAUCAGAAUCAAGCAACAACCAAGACAGCCUAAGUUUGUUACUGCCCCCAAACUCACCUAAACAACUAAGAAAAUGCUGUAGGGUCAGGUUGGGGCAGGUUUUUCAAUUAGGGAGUUCAAGUACUCCACUGAAGUGUAACAACUGAGGAUGCUCCAGGGGUAGUCAACCUUUUUAUACCUAUGACCCACUAAUGCAUCUUUCUUGAUGGGAAGAUUUCCUUACUGCCCACCAGUGCUCGAUGGAAGGAGAGUCCUGAAAUGCCCACUAGUGGGCGAUAGGGACCAGGUUGACAGUCCCUGCUCUAGUCUGAACUGUCACUGAUACUAUUUCCCAAGGUUGUAGAAUCUGGAUACAUCAGAGUUGGGAGCUUCUUGUUUUUUAAGCUGUUUGUAUCUCACUCUUAAUCAAAAAGAUCUCAGGGUGGAUAACAGUCAAACUAAAAAUAAUAAUAUCAAUAUAUAACACCCCCCCAAGAAUAUAUAUAAAAACACAAUAUAUCCACCAUCUCUCAGCUGAUAGUUAGCAUUAGUUUUCAGAAGCCUGUGAAGUCAUGCCAUGUUUUAAGCCAGUACUUGAAUAACAGUGAAAUUGCCAACUGGAUUGCAGGGGCAGGGGGUUCAAAAGCCAGGGUGCCACUACAGAAAAGAUCUCCCCGCACGUCACCCCCACAAAUAUAGUUCCUAAUGGCAGGAUGCAAAAGACGGCCUUAAUUCAUGGGCAACAUUUAAUUAUUAUUGCUAGUGAGUUGGCGGGAGUAAUGAAUCUUGACUUUCAUUUCCUCUUUUAUCAGGGGACAUGUGACAUCUUUUUCUAUUCAUCCUUCUGGGAAGUUAGCUUUGUCAGUAGGAACAGACAAGACGUUAAGGUGAGUCGGAAGGUUGCAACUUCAGAAACAUUCAUUUUAGUUUUAUUUAAAACUUUAGAUUCUUCUUUUCUGUAAACUCAAAGCAAUUAACAAGUGAUACAAAUUCAAAAAGAAGUCCCAGAGGGGGGAAAAACAUUAAAUUGUUCAUUUUUUAAAACUAGUUAAUUCUUCCCUCCAAAAUAUGUUUAUUAAGCAUCUUGUUUUUCAGAACAUGGAACCUUGUAGAAGGAAGAUCUGCAUUCAUAAAAAAUAUAAAACAAAGUGAGUAUAUCCUCUUUGCAUUUUGUCGUAUUCUGUAAUUAUAGAAAUGUUCGUGCAUUGCCAAAUACCAUGUGUGUCUCAUUUUUUAGUUCAGUGUCCACAGUUAUUGUGUCCUUGGAUUUGUGAUACAGCCCUGAAAACUCUGAGAAUCUCUAUUUAUUACACAAAUGUUUCAAUGUCCCCAUUGCCUCAUAAUCUCCAUUGCCUCAAGAUCACAUUGAACGCUAUUAUAAGUCACCAGCCUUCUCGCGGGCAAUUGUUCCUGGCAGAAACAUCAUUCCCAUCCUGAGUCCUAUCUCUCCUCUGAGCCCUUCAAAGCCCCUAUCAAUCUAUGUUAAUGGCUCUCAAGUUCUUAGUCUCCUAUAUUCUGGAGUUACCUGUUGAGUGCCUCCAAGCAGUCUUUCUUGCUUCAUGCCUCUUUCUCUUCAGCAUAGCUAGGAUUUGGUUUUUCUGUUAGGAGUGCUUCUAAUGUCUUUGCACUGGUGGCAUCUAUGAAGGCAGAAUAGUUAAACCAUGCUCCCCAGCACACCACCUAAAUCUUCAGAAGGUCUUAGGAUCCUUCGGACAGCAUGGGAGAUGAAAUGGGGUCCUGCAGGAAAUCAUCUCCUUGACAGAAGCCUCUGCUGGAUGAGAGCCUUCCUUGAACACAAGGAACACCACUGGCUACAUGUUUUCCAAAGCAGAAUCAUUAAGGAAACUUUGGUUUAUAGAUAACUAAUAUAUUUGCCUUUUUUAUAUCUUUAUAGCCAACAUUCUUUUAAAAGACGUAAAAACAAGGCAAAAAUUUUACAUAAUGGGGUAUAUGUAAUGUUUCGUACUGUGAAUAAGUAUUUGUAGAGCAUCACAUUUGAAAAGAAUCUUUGUCUAAGAGAGAUGUUCUAGCAAUAUUCAGAAGGGAACUAGGAGGGGGGUCAGUAGCUUAACAAUGUCCAAGAUGUUUCAUUUCUCUAUUUGGCUUAGAUUGCUGAUAACAUUCAGUAUUAGGACUCAGCUACAGUGGUACCUUGGUUUACAACCAUAAUCCAUUCCGGAGGUCUGGAUGUAAACCGAAACAGGUUGUAACCCAAGGCGCACUUUCGCCAAUGGGGCCUCCAAAAAAAUGGGUUGUAAUCCAAAAAAAGGGACACACACUUCUGGGUUUGACAUGGUUGUAAUCCAAAACGGUUGCAGACCAAGGUACCACUGUUUACAGCUGCAAAUAAAACAUUUUAAAUGUGUUUUAAGUGCAGUAUACAAUGUGACACUUUAUGGUGAUGGUGAGCCUUAUGGAAAGUUAUUUGUAUUUUUAAAAACACUUUAAAAAAAACAUUUUCUGAAUGUUUUCUAUAUGUGUGUAGAUUCCAUCUUAGAUUUCCUUAUUUUGUUUGCAGUAAAGUGAUUAUUUGGUGUCUAUUUGAAAUUAAUAUUUUAUAAAAUCUGUAUCAUUUUUCCUCUUAACGUAGAUGCGCAUCUUGUUAAAUGGUCACCCAGUGGUGAGGUAUACGUGGUAGUUAUAGCUAACAAAGUGGAUAUAUACAACCUUGAAACUGCUUCUAUUUCUGGCACCAUUGUUGCAGAAAAGAGAAUAUCUUCAGUAAAGUUUCUUACAGUAAGUAGUAAUGCAGUGUUAAAGUAAGUAAAGCAUUUUAAAUAAAUUAAAUCUGAUUUAUGUUUUCUUCACCUUUUCUUUCAGGAUUCCAUACUUGCUAUUGCAGGAGAUGAAGAAUUUGUACGGUUAUUUAAUUGUGAAUCUCAAAAGUGCCUUUGUGAAUUUAAAGCUCAUGAAAAAAGGUAUUUUAUUUCUGAAACAUAAUAGAAAGGAUAUUAUGCAUGCUUUGGCUCAACUUUUAGGAGUAUAUAAUAGUCAGUUUUUAAUUUUUUCUCUUUGGAUUCUUGUUUUGUAUUUUCAUUAUGAAUGUGCCAUAGUUUAGCACUUCAAUUUUUUUUACUGAUUUUAACAUGGAAGAAUGCAUGUGUUUAAACCAGUAGCACUUUAAGUGGUUAAAUAGGGCUGAAUUGUGUCCUAUCGCCAGUUUUCUUAGUGCUUGCUGCUGUUUAAUGUUUACCGAUUUUAUUGGGAUAUUUCAUACCAACUAUUGAUCCAUAGAAUAAAAGAGAUCUACACUUUUGAAAUGGAAGGCUUACAUAUUCUGGUGACUGCAUCCAGCGAUGGAUACCUUAAGAUGUGGAGUCUUGAUCUUGAGAAGGUUUGUAUAUUACAAAGCUAAGUGCACCAUUCAUGGUUGAAUCCUAAAUUCCAAGAAGUGCAGUCCUAACUUACCGUAUUUUUCGCCCUGUAGGACGCACCGCCCCAUAGGACGCACCUAGGUUUUUGGGGGGGGGGAUAAAGAAAAAAAAUUAUUUCCCCCCCAGGCACGGGGCUGGCGCGGGGGAAGCCCAAGCUUCCCCUGACCCCAGCCCCCAAAACAGCCUGCUAUCCGCAAGCCUAGGGAGCUGCGCCGGUCUCCCCAGGCUUGCGGAGAGCUGCGCAAAGCCCAGGAGCGCUCUUUAGCGCGCCCCAGGCUUCGGAGUGCAGGCAGCUCUGUGCGCCCAGUGCGAAGCCGCACCGGGCUCCGGAAGGUUGCAGAGAGUUGCGCGCCGCCCGGGAGUGCAGGCAGCUCUGCACAACCCUCCGGAGCCGGGCGCGAAGCCACGCAGGGCUCCCUAAGGUUGCGCAGAGCUGCGCGCCACCCGGGAGUGCAGGCAGCUCUGCGCGCCCUUCGGGAGUGCAGUCAGCUCUGCGCAACCCUCCAGGUUUGCUGAGUUUUCCAAAUUUGCUGGCAUAUUAAGUGUAGCACCUUAACAGCAUCAUCGUUUAAAAUUUUAAAUAGUUCAGCUGGAAUACCAUCACUUCCACUGGCCUUGUUAUUUGCAGUGCUUUCUAAGGCCCAUUUGACUUCACUCUCCAGGAUGUCUGGCUCAAGGUCAGCAACCACAUUACCUGGGGUGUACGAGACAUCCAUUUCUUUCUGGUAUAGUUCCUCUCUGUAUUCUUGCCACCUCUUCUUGAUGUCUUCUGCUUCUGUUAGGUCCUUUCCACUUUUGUCAUUUAUUAUGGUAAUCUUUGUACGAAAUGUUCCUUUCAUAUCUCCAAUUUUCUUGAACAGAUCUCUGGUUUUCCCCAUUCUGUUGUUUUCCUCUGUUUCUUUGCAUUGCUCGUUUAAGAAGGCCUUCUUGUCUCUCCUUGCUAUUUUUUGGAAAUCUGCAUUCAAUUUCCUGUAUCUUUCACUAUCUCCCUCGCAUUUUGCUUGCCUUCUCUCCCCCGCUAUUUGUAAGGCCUCGUUGGACAGCCACUUUGCUUUCUUGCAUUUCCUUUUCAUUGGGAUGGUUCUCGUUGCUGCCUCCUGUAUAAUGUUACGAGCCUCCAUCCAUAGUUCUUCAGGCACUCUGUCCACCAAAUAUAAAUCCUUAAACCUGUUCCUCACUUCCACUGUGUAUUCAUAAGGGAUUUGACUUAGAUUAUAUCUUAGAUUAUUCUUUGUUACUCGCCUUAAUUUUUUUUUUAAACUGAAAGACUCUAUCUAAAUAGUAAUAUAAUGCAACAAUACCUGGAGUUCCCAGGGAAAAAGGAAUUAAGCAUUCAACUGUUCUGGGGAUUGUCAUUCUGUGAGGGGAAUAUGGGUCGCCUAACAAUUCUCAGCACCUUUACCAAACUACAGUUCCCAGGAUUCUUUGGGUGAAGCCAUGACUUGUAACUUGUAACUUGCAACCUCCAACUGCUCUGAGACUCCAGCUCCCAUUUGUCCAAGCCAAUAUGACCAGUGGUCAGAGAUUAUAGGAGUUGUAGUCCCGAAGGUUGCGCAGAGCUGCGCGCCGCCCGGGAGUGCAGGCAGCUCUGCGCAACCCUCCGGAGCCCGGCACGAAGCCUGUAUUCGCCCCAUAGGACGCACACACAUUUCCCCUUCAUUUUUGAAGGGGGAAAAAGUGCGUCCUAUAGGGCGAAAAAUACGGUAUUUCAUUGGUGUUUAAUAGCCACAAUCUCAGCUAGCCGUGACGUCAGUGGGAAGUGUACUUCUGAGUAAACACAGCUAGGAUUACGUUACAGGUGUGCCUAUGGCAGCCAAGUGAAAAGAGAAGACACAGCUUUUACACCUUUAAGAGUUGUGUAGAAGAGGGCAUUUCAGCAGGUAAGCUACAUCUUCUGAAAUUCCGUCAUCAAUACAAAUAUUAAUGGUGUAAGCUCUUCUCUUUUUUUAUCUGGCCAUCCAAGUUGUGACCAUCCUAUCUUGGUUUGUUUGAAGAGUUAUUUUGCUGUUAGUUUCACAGGGUGCGGAUUCAACCUAUGGGAACAUAUGGAAGAUUCCUUAUAGUUAGUCAGCCCAUUGGUCCAUGUUGCUUAAUAGGGUCUAAUGUGCACUGCUUGGCAGCAGCUCUCCCAGAAUUCCAGACAGGAUUCACUCCCAGUCCUACCUAGAGAUGCCAGGAAUUAAGACUUAAGCACUUGGAGUUUUCUCCGUUGCUGCUACAGAACAACAUGGUUUCUGGGAUUUACAUUAACCAUUUCUUUUCCCCUCCCUUCAGAUUAAUAAUUCCCCGUCAUUGCUGUGUGAAGUCAAUACUAAGGCCAGGCUUACCUGUUUAGCAGUUUGGCACAAAAGAGGUUCAGAAACCAAGAAGAUCCCCAAUGAAGCCACAACAUCUUCUCAAGGUAUCAUAAAGCUUUCCUGGACUUCUGUUAAGUUUUCAGCUAUAGGUAAUACAGCAAUGACUUGUUUAAAAAAGGGUUGAUCUAUAUUAACCAGAUCCUACCAUAAAGUAUGUUUACAACGUUUUGGGGACAAGUGAUUUUGGCUCUCAUCAAACCAGUUCUCUCUGCAGAGUUGAAAAAUGCACAAGUCCAAUGAUAGUUUGAUUCAAGUUAUUAUUUAGACAAGGGUGGUCAUGGAGGUUGCUGUUCAUACAUUCAACAAAAAAACAACAACUGGUUAUUUUGUAAAAUGUAGAGUUGACUCCAGUUUGUCCCUCCAUUCAUCUUUGCCCCAGAGAUGCUUCUGUAAGUAGUUAGUGUUUGGGGCUGUUUUCUCUUUUCCUCUGCAGUUCUAGAGAAGUAGGGGAACCUUUGGAAUGGAUGUGGGUAGCUGCAGGAGAAAUUUGUGAAAAUAGUCUCUCUCUGCCUUCCGUUCGUGGGAGCCUCCCCUGGAAGAAGGAGCCUUCCAUGUGUAGAGAGACACACUUGAAUACUUUCCAGUGUAUUUAAAGCAUUACAUCUUUAAAUUUAACAAUGAAUAACUUCAUUUUGUUUCAGCGCAUGAAGAGGAGCAACCAUUGAUAAAGAAAAAGAAAAUUGGUUGGGCUGAGUGUGAUAAGUCAUCAGAGGGUGGUGGCCAAGAAACCCUCAAGAAAGGAAAAUCGGCUGGUGUACAGCAGAAGAAGAAAAAGAUAAUGCAGAAAUUAAAGUGAAUAUGUCACUACCAUUUGCAAUUCUAAUCCUAUAAUAAAUUGCCACCAACCACUGUACACUUCAUUUCCGGCACAAUUUUUUAUUUAAUUGCAAUAUUAUGGCUAUGCAUUCAUGGCAAUUUGAUCUGUUAAUAUUUAUAGAAAGGAACCAUUUUUAUUUAAGCUGGGAGCAUUUCCAGAUCCUAUGGCCAAAUGUUUUUACAGAGGAGGAAACAUUUUAUGUUGUUAAAUAAAUAUUUUAUAUAAAACACCUGAAACGUUC